AUGCCUUUAAUUGUACAACGGCAGAAGAAACAUCAACAUCACAGCAGCAUCAAAGCAGCACUUCAGGCCACUCAACAGCAACUGCAACAACGCCAACAUACACAGGAAGAAAAACACACAGACAAAGAAGAACAAGAAGUAGAAGUGGUAGAAAAUUGUACAUGUGCAACAACUUUAGCUAAUAAUAAAAAUACAAAUAGCAAUACAGAAACAGGCACCGCAUACUCCAGUAGCAUCACCAACAACACAUCCUAUAUUAACAAAAACAACAACAACACCAGCAGCAGAAUGAAUCAAAUGCCUUUUAAGCGUGCUGUUGUUCACAACAUUCCAAAAGUUGUUGCUACCGAUGUUAUGAGUAAGACCUCCAGCAGUAUCACAGCCAUGAAUGGCUCCACCACCACUAUCGACAACAACACACCACCAUUUGCAGGAGGCAAUAGUAAAAUAUCGGAACUUUCUUUUUAUGAUGCUGGCAACAGAACAGAAACAGCAACAACAACAGAAAUAUUACCAACAUUGCCACCGUCACAACCCAUAAUAUCGUCAGCGUCGUUUUUUGGUGGCAUUUUGGCAUCGAGCAUAACCAAUACCGUCACCACCACUGCAUCUUCACGACGACGAACUGCAGCAUAUUCGACAUCAGCAUCUGCCUCCACAUCUAUGUCGUCGUCGUUGCCAUCAUCAUUGUUGUUGUAUUCGCAAGUAAAGAAGUAUUGCCGACGUUUUUUAAUUGUAAUUAGCCUCAUUUGUUUGCUGCACUCGUGUCUGUUGUGGAAUACCGCUGAAGCUGCCAUUUCAAAUCGAGGAAAAGCCAGCAAGAAACAGCAUCAGCAUAGUCGUCAUUCCCCCUCAUACUGUCAUCAUCAUCAGCGGCAGCAGCCGAAUCAGCAACAGCAGCAUCAUCUGGCAAAAUGGGUGAAACGUAGC